AUGCCGCAGUCACCCUCUUCCCCACUCGUACUCAUGCCGAUGCCCGCGCACAGAAAGAGCAGCAGUCAGAAACUGGGGCAGGACUCGCGUGGCGGAUCACGCAAGCAUAUCAGCAUGCAGUCCCUGGUGCCCACGAGCCGGCGGGCAAGCCAGCAGCAGGUGCGGGAGCGGGAACGCGAGGGAGAAUGCAAUGCGGGGCUUAGCCUGCACCCAUAUGCAAUGGUGCCGAGCCCGGGUGGGUACUGCGCAAUGGCGUAA